AUGCCUUUACUUUCAUCUCUAGAGGGUAUCUCGUCCACGGUAUUCUCCAACACAUUCAUCGAACUUCCUUACCCCGAAGGCGAUCUCAGCGGACAGACAGUCAUCGUAACCGGUUCAAACCAAGGACUCGGUCUCGAGGCCAGCCGCCACCUGUUGCGCCUAGGCGUGAAGAAGCUGAUCAUGGCCGUACGCGAUCUGAAGAAGGGCGAAGCUGCCAGACAAAAACUACUACAAUCCACCAACCGCGAAGAAAGCUCAGUCGAAGUGUGGCUGCUAGACAUGGAUAGCUAUUUCUCAGUCAAAAGCUUUGCCAGCCGUGCUGCGGCUAUACCACGUCUUGAUGCUCUAUUGGCGAAUGCCGGACUAGCUACCAAUACAUUCAGUAUAUCGGAAGAAGACGAGAAAACCAUCACCGUCAACGUGGUGAGCACGUUCUUGCUUAUUCUCUUACUGGUCCCCAAAUUGCACGAGUCAGCUUCCAAGUUCAAUAUAACACCUCGUGUCACCAUUCCAAACUCGGCUCUGCAUUAUACCGCUUCUCUUGAGCAUCUGGAUCCGCACAAAGAGGGCGGUAUCUUCAAAUCGCUCAACAACAAGGAAGCUUCCAAUAUGGCGGGUCGAUACCCAUUGUCAAAGCUGCUGGUGGUGUUGGGCGUGCGUGCAUUGGCAGAUCAGCUUGCACAAAGUAAAGCACCGCUGGUCAUCAUCAACACACCAAACCCCAGUUUCUGCAAGUCUCAAUUGACGCGGGAAACGGACAACGUCGGUCUCCGUGUUUCUGAAAAGCUAUUGGCUCGCAGUACGGAGGAGGGUAGUCGGGCUUUGGUACACGGGAUCCUCGCUGAUGAGAAAAGUAAUGGGCAGUAUUUGACUAACUGUCGUGUUCACGGUCCAUCUUGUAUCGUGACCGAUAAAAAGGGAGUUAUGAUUCAGGAAGCGUUCUUCAAGGAGUUGAUCGCCAAGUUGGAGAGGAUUGCACCAGGCGUGACAUCUUGUCUGUGA